UAGGCGGAAGUUACGUCACAGCACAACAGCCAUCGGGCUUUUGGUGGGAAUAUGAGUUCGCUUCCACGCACCUUUAACUUAAAAUUGAAAGCAUUUCUAUAUGUUUGCUGAUAUUUAACGUAAUGCCAAAGUUAGCGGCUAUGUGUCACGCACAUAACAGUUUCAAAGGUUCGUGCUAACAGCACUUAGUGUGUGUUUAAAUCAUCAGGCUAAUCAGGAAAAGUUCACUCUAUUGUUUGCUAGCAUGCUAUCACGUUAGCAAGCACAGUAGCUGAUUUACAGCAAGGCGCAUUUACUGAAGUUUUCGAGGCUUAAUUUAACGCCACUGAAAGGACAAUUUGUGUGUUUUAUAUUUGUUGUUAACUGAUUGAGACAGCGCUUAGGUUUUCCCCUUCAUACUGGAUAAUUCAUUUACCCUCAACCUGUCAAGAUUCAACAACAUGCCAGAAAUCAAACUCAAACACGUCGUGUCUUGCAGCACCGAGGACAAUACUCACAAGGCAGACAACCUGCUGAGCUCUGACACCUACAGGAAGUGGAAAGCAGCAAGAGCUGGGGAGAAGCAGACAUCAGUCAUUCUGCAGUUCGAGAAGGAGGAGCAGGUGCACAGCAUUGAUAUUGGAAAUGAGGGGUCGGCUUUCAUCGAGGUGCUGGUGGGGAACUCUUCAGCUGUCAGAGACCAGGAUUAUGAGGUUCUUUUGGUUAUGUCUUCCUUCAUGUCCCCCACGGAGAGCCGAAAUGGCACCAACAUGAACCGGGUGCGAUUCUUUGGGCCCAACCAGCUGCAGAAGAGCACAGCACAGGAGAAGUGGGACAGAGUGAAAAUUGUGUGUAGCCAGCCAUACAGCAAGAACAUAGCAUACGGGCUGGCCUUUGUUAAGUUUCAUUCACCACCUGACAAAAAUGAUCCUCCUCCAACAAACUCCCCGAAACUGACGAAGCUGGGGCAGUUCAGGGUGAAGGAUGAGUCUUCUACACCUGGUCCCAGCCUUCAGCCAGGCAGUCUCUUCUUCAAUCGCGACAAUGCGGCAAAGUCCAGCACUUCACUUAAAGUGUCUCCUCAGAGUGAGAAGUUGAGUUACGCCGCUGCUGCCCUGCAGGCUGGUGGCAGCUCGUCCCACUCGUCAGGUCAAGCUUCCUCCUCCAGCUCUGCCUCACCACAGCCACCAGCCAAAAGAAAAUUUGAGUUCAGCAAAGAGCGGCAGUCUGCCUCCGGCCCUCCUCCCUCCAAGAAAAUAAGCCCAGCUGGCUCGCCUGAGGGCAAAGCUGUGACCCCCAAACACAAGCCGAGCCCAGCCGGCACGCCGAGCCCCAGCACAGCAAAAGCUUCCCCGGCACAGAAGCCUCCUGACAAGAAGCGGGAGAGCCAGUCCAAACCUGAACCCAAACCCAAGCAGCAGAAAGCAAGCGCGCAGCAGGUCCCAUUCCAGCGGAUGAUGGAGGGGGUGGUGUUUGUCCUCAGCGGCUUCCAAAACCCCUUCAGAGGGGAGCUGAGGGAAAAGGCUCUGGACAUGGGAGCUAAAUACCGACCUGACUGGACACCCGACUCCACACAUCUCAUCUGUGCCUUCGCCAACACUCCUAAGUACAGCCAGGUGAAAUCAGCAGGGGGCAUCAUCGUACGGAAGGAAUGGGUACUUGACUGCCAUAAGAGGAAACAGAAGAUCUCCUAUAAACGGUAUUUGAUGGAUGGAGCAGAGUCGAGUUCGGAGAGCGAAAUGGAAGAUGACGACCAGAGUGAAGAGGAAAUUAACACAAAGACUCCACUGAAGCAGGAGAGACAAGUGACCCCCAAAAAGACACCAGAGAAGAGGAAUGAUGAUGAUGAGUAUGCCGGCUCCACUGAUGUGGAUGAACCAGGAGGUGGUGAUGAGGACUCUGCUGUGGACACUGAGGAUGAGCUGCAGAGGGUGGAGAACGAGAGCAGACAGAAGAAAGCAGCAGCAGCAGAGGGGAAGACAGUGAACCAGGAGGAUCCGUACGGGGGGUCGACAGAUGAAAACACAGACGCUGAGGCUGAAGAGGAUCACUCCAUCCCUGAGCUACCAGACUUCCUGAAAGGAAAGCACUUUUUCCUCUACGGUAAAUUCCCUAACAACGAGAGGCGCCUACUGUUGAGAUACAUCGUUGCCUUUAACGGACUGAUUGAGGACUACAUGACAGAGAAGGUGCAGUUUGUGGUGACCAGUGAAGGGUGGCACAACUCCUUUGAAGACUUGCCAGGAUCACCCCUAGGUGUUACAACAGCGGCCAAGGGCUUGAUUCCAACCUAUGGCUCCUUGCUGCAUGCCUCCCUGUCUGUCUCCACUUUUACUCUGGACCUGUCCUGUCUGAGAAAGGCACUGAUGGAGAACAGCAAUCUGAACUUUGUCAAGCCUGCGUGGAUUCACGCAAUUAAUGAACGACAAAAGCUGCUGCCCUAUCAGCCCUACUCUGUCGUCCCCUGAACACUGCGCUGUAUGUACACACAAAGGUGUGACUCACUUACACUUCAUAUCCAGACCAACAGGGAAAGCCAUACAUACAUUUUUUUUACUUUUUCAGAUUCACUGCUCCACUUACAUAAAAGCAAAAAACCAUUACUGUUUCAUUAAUGCAUUUCCACUGACUUUAUACUUGCUAUUCAUGAAAUGUCUUCGGUCCUCAGGUGUUUUCAACACAGAUGUUCUCACCUUUCAGCCAAGAUGAGGUCUUUUAUAAUGGUGUCUGUUGAAGUAAAUGUUAGGAUAAGGUUUAGAUUUAUUAUUAGCUUUUAAUUUGAAUGUUGUUAGGUUUAGCUUUGCAAGAAAGUAACGUCUUCAUCGUCAGUGUGCUGCUCAGGCACUUUGAGCAAAGCACACUCUCUGAUUCAGGACUUGCUUGAAUUCUUUGGACCCUGUGCUGCAGUUUGCUGCAGCUCACCUUGGCUACCUCAGGCUCUAUCUGGAAAUGAGUUAUCAUCCUGUCCUGACUGCCAGUGGCACUGAUAAGACUCUGACAUGUGUAAGCGGGAAGACCAUUAUGAGACCAGCCCAAAGUCGGGUGAAAGGUGCCAUUUAUUUAAGGCUGCAGCCACCAAAUGCAAAAAACCGGGACAACUAACCCUACAAAUGAAUAUAAAUUCUGGGGGACUGUUUGUUUUUCUCCUUCUAUUUUAUUAAAUGCCAGGAGUGGGGAAAGUGAUGGAUUUGUUGGUGUUAAAGUUUGAUGAAUCUCAGUUUGUGGUUUGGUUUUAUUCAUGUUUGCUGAAUAAAUAUUACAAGAGAUGGACUUGCUCAACAGAUGUGAGGACGUAAAACGCACGUCAGCGUUUUGCGUCACUCGAGAUUUCCCAAAAUGCUUCUUAAGACACGAGGAGGCGACACGAGGCUUGCUCGUCCAAAGCAGCUUGUUUAAGUCUCUUGUCUCAAACUUUUUUUGUUCUUAACUUACUACUUAAUUAUUUUGUCUAAAUAAAAAAUAGAUUU